AUGUGGUUUGGCGCGCACAUUGUAUCUAGCCUCGUUUCAUUGCGGCAUUUGUGCUACAGGCAGGCCCAGGGACCAUGCUCCACUAUCCCUACCAACCUGGCAACCUGGCAACCUGACAACCUGACACACCUUGUGCCUCUUCGAAUUUUCAUAUUCAAAGUUGCAUAUGCUACCAUUAUUAAUUGUCGUAAGAUCGCAAUAAGCUGGGGUAUGAAUCAAAUGCGCCACCCAUUUCUACUUCGGAGCCGAGGCAUUUGUUGGGUUUCAAGACGCGCCUUCAGUGGCACCACUCGCGCACAAGCCUGCCAUACAGAGAAAAGACAGUGCCCAAAGAGCAUUGAGCGCAAAGACCAAUUAUCUCAAACCCCAAAAUGUGCCAAGAAUCCGCCAUCGCAAUCCCAUUCGACCCUCAGUCUUCCAUUCUGGACCUGCAGAUCCACCUGGAAACGAGCAGGAAUCAACACUCUCCGCUGUUUGGUGGGAUGCACAGCCGGUGAUUUCUCCGCGUUAUGGAUCCUGCAGACUUACUACCCUGAGAUGGGUAUGGGUAGCAUAAUGGCCUUGUCGAUGGCAUCCGGCAUCACAACUUCAGUUAUCCUCGAGACAAUCCUGCUCCGCCGCGGAGCUGACCAACUCUCCUGGCCGAUGGCUGCUCGUACCGCUAUGGGCAUGAGUAUGGUUUCGAUGUUGGCCAUGGAACUAGCUGAGAAUGCAGUUGACUAUCAUCUGACCGGUGGGAUAGUUGCUUUUGGAGAUCCGAAGUUCUGGCUGGCGGCGGUGGUAUCGAUCGGUGCAGGGUAUCUGGCGCCGUUGCCGUAUAACUAUCUACGUCUUCGAAAAUAUGGGAAAUCGUGUCACUGA